UUUAGUAUCCGUCGUUUACCUCCAUUGUUUUCUCUCUCUUUCUCGAUUCAUGUAAUCUGUAAACUUAAAAAAAAACCCUAAAAAAACCCACUUUCCUUUCACAUUAUUCCAUUCUCAUCAAUCAUUUAAUCAAAAGAUUCAAAUCCGCCAUGAAAAUAUCAGACAAUGAAGAAAACCCACUUCUUCAAUCGAUUCUAAAUUCAAUACCUGAUGUUCAUCAUUUCAAAGGAAAAUGGUCAUUGAUCAGAUCAAAACUCGUGAAUCUCAAAACCCAUAUUUCAGAUAUCUCUAAUUUCCCUUCCUCCGUUACCAACAAUCUCUCUCUAGACCUCCUCCGAUCAGUUUCCGACGUCCUCUCCGACGUAUCAUCUCUCUGUGAAGCUUGUAAAGCUAUAAAUCUUCCAAAUGGAAAACUGAGGACACAAAACGACGUUGAUUCGGUAUCCGGUCGGCUUGAUCGUCUUAUUCAUGAUGCUGGGGUUUUACUUAAGAGCUGCGUUCUUCAGGACGACGUGGUGGUUUUCGAUUCUUCUUCUUCGUCGUCGUCUUCAAAGAAGGACUCUGUUAGGGUUGAGACUAGAUGUUUGAUAACUCGUCUGCAAAUUGGGUCGUCUGAAUCGAGAAACUCAGCCAUGGAUUCACUUGUGGGUAUUCUUUAUGAAGAUGAUAAGAAUGUUCUUAUUGCUGUAGCACAGGGGGUAGUUCCAGUUCUCGUUCGUUUACUUGAUUCACCGGAAAUGAGAGAGAAAACUGUCGCCGCCAUUGCUAGGGUUUCAUCAGUUGAUUCGAGUAACAACGUUUUAAUCGCUGAAGGCUUACUUCUUCUCAACAAUCUCCUCCGGGUUCUUGAAUCCGGCAGCGUAUUCGCCAAGGAGAAAUCUUGCAUCGCUCUAAACGCUCUAAGUCGAACAAAGGAGAACGCUAGAGCGAUUGGGUCUAGAGGUGGUAUUUCAUCUCUGUUAGAGAUCUGUCAGGUGGGUACGCCUAACUCUCAGGCCGCCGCCGCCGGAGUUCUUCGAAACUUAUCGGAGUUCGCCGAAAUCAAAGAGAAUUUUCUCGAGGAGAAUGCAGUUUCAGUUCUGUUAUCACUAUCCGCCUCCGGCACUUGUUCUUCACAAGAAAACGCAAUAUCUUGUUUGAGUCAAUUAGUUUCAGAUGAUAAUCAAUUGAAGCUUUUCAUAGCUAGGGAAGGUGUGAUCGAUAGUUUAAAGAAUUACUGGGAUUCUUCUCCAACGAUUCAUAAUCUUGAAGCUGCUGUGAAUCUGGUAAAGAACUUAUCAUCUUGUCCACAAAUUGCAGAAACACUUAUCUCAGAUGGAUUCAUAAACAGACUUGUUUCCUUAUUAACCUGUGGAGUAUUAACAGUUAGAAUCGCAUCCGCUAAAGCAAUUUACGAAUUGGGUUUCAAUUCAAGAACACGAAAAGAUAUUUGGGAUUGUGGGUGUAUCCCUGUUCUAGUUAGAAUGUUGGAUGGGAAAGCAAUUGAGGAAAGAGAAGCUGCAGCAAUGGCUCUAUCAGCUAUGAUCUGCCAUGGUGGGAAUAUGAAGAUGUUUAGAAAAGAGGAAAGGGGGAUAAUUGGAACUGUUCAGCUUCUUGAUCCUGUUUUGAAUUUGGAUAAGAAAUACCCAGUUUCUAUAUUGGCAUAUUUGGUUCAAUGGAAGAAGUGUAGGAAGGAGAUGAUUGAUGCUGGAGCUUGUAUGUAUUUGAAGAAGGUUGCAGAAAUGGCGGAUGAUGUUGAAGGUGCUAAGAAGCUUUGUGAGAGUCUUGGUAAAGGAAAGAAGCUAUGGGGAGUAUUUGGUAGAGGGUAAAAGGAUUGAUUCAUUGAUCUGUUUUGUAAAUGUUGUUUGAUUAUUGAUUCUGUGUUUCUAAAUGACUAAUUGUUGAAGAAGAAGAAGAUUGUAAAACUGUAUACAACAACUAUCUAUAUAAAGUUAUUUAGUUCUUCA